AUGAAAAUUAUAUUCGUUUUGCUCAUUCUUGUAACAAUUCAGUCUGAAAGUUUAUUGGUUUCUUAGGAUAAUGAUUUUGUUGAUGAUGAUAAUGACUUUGCUGGUGGAGUAUUUCCAACAACAGAUUCUAAUUCUGAUGUACUUGUAAAAAGCUAAUUAAGAUUUAUAAUAAAGCUCUGUAGUAUGCAUAACAACAUUACGCUGAAAGUUGCAAAUUGAGUGAUUUAUAAUGGGAGAGUUUAGAUGGGUCCAAGAAUCAGAUGGUCCAAGGAAUGUUAUAUUAUGUAAGAGUGCAAAAGAUAAUAGUUCAAUGUAACAAUGAAGGGAAAUGAGAGAUUAGAGAAAUAUGAGAUUUAAGUUUGGGUUUAGACAGAUAAAGAUCAAACUGCAGAAAUUACUUAGUGUAAAAAAUUAUGA